CCUUCCAGAGCUUCCCAAGCUAAGGAAGUCAGGGACAAAGCAUAGUUAAGUGUACUCAAGACUAAACAUUCAGUCCUAUUGGUAUAGAAAGUGAGAGGCUGGGGCGUGCCACACCCAUGUUAAAGACUCCCUCGCAUGAGAGCCACACCGAACCCAGAGGACUUUAUCCGAGCACUUGUGUCUGUUACACGCAGUGUUACGUUAGUGGAGUCUAGAGAAAUUCAUCACACACACAGCAGGAUGUAUGAACGCGCGCUGUUCGCUCUCUGCCUGCUUACUUUGGUGCUGUUUCAAAGCGCUGAGUCUUGUGGGUUGAGGCCUGUGCUUGCUCAGGUUCCUAAGAGGCUGCCCGCCGGUUAUGUCAUCCCCGAAAGCAAGGAAGGAUUGAGUCUCAAAGGCUGUGCGCCCAAACCUGUGGCCUAUACUUCCAGUGACCCUGACUUCGCUGUGAAUACAGAUGGAGCCAUUAUCACAGUUCACGGUUUGGAGAUUACGACAAAGCAGUUUUCUGUGCUGGUGCAGGAUGAGAAUGGAAUGGAUUGGAGGGUGGACAUAAUCCUGUCCUGUAAAGAUGAGGCAUCUCAGAAGUCUAACAGUGUGGCUCUCAAGCGCACUAAGAGAAGAUGGAGACCGUUGCCUUUCAAUUUAGUUGAGAAUGACAAGCCUCCAUUCCCAAAGGAUCUGGAGACGAUUGCAUCUGAUUCUUCAGUAAAUUACACAGUGUAUUAUGAAAUCAGUGGGCAGGGUGUUACUUCAGAUCCUGUAGGCCUUUUCACCUUAAACAGGAACACCGGCUUGCUGAGGGUGACCAGGACCGUUGACCGUGAGCAGUACCCACAAUUCAAUUUUAUCGCUCGUGUGUUUGACAUGAGUGGCAGGGAAACAGAUCAAUAUCUGCCCAUCACUGUGAUAGUGCAGGAUCAGAAUGAUAACGCCCCUGAGUUCAUAGGAGGUCGAUUCUUCACUGUAGAAGAGCGGUGCAGGGCAGGCACUGUAAUAGGACAAGUGAAUGCCACAGAUAAAGAUGAGCCAAAAACCCCCCACACCUUGAUCAAGUUUACUCUGCACAACGCUACUGACAUGUUCUCCAUCGAUCCUUUUACCGGAGUAAUAACUUCUAAAACUAACACCUUAGACAGAGAGGCUCAGGACAAAGUUUACGUUGAAAUAGAGAUCAGAGAUAUGGGCGGUGCUCCUAGUGGGCUCUUCAGCAGAGGAACAGUUGUGAUUACUCUCACAGAUGUUAAUGAUAACCCUCCUACCUUUAAAGAGAAGUUGUACAAGGCCAACGUUCAAGAGAACCAAGAAAAUGUGCUAGUUACUAGGAUACCAGUGGAAGAUAAGGACUUGGUGAACACCCCCAACUGGAAGGCCCUGUUUGAGGUCACAAAAGGAAAUGAAAGUGGGAACUUCAGGAUGGAGACAGACCCCAAAACCAACGAGGGGCUUUUGUAUGUGAUAAAGGGUUUGGAUUAUGAAAAAACUCCACUGGUGAAGCUGGAAAUAACUGCUCGUAAUGAGGUUCCACUGGUUGGGCCUGAGAAUAAAUGGCUGUCUGUGCCACUCGAGCUGAGUGUGGGAGAUGUAGAUGAAGGACCAGAGUUCAACCCUGACACUCUAUAUCUCAAAGUCAAGGAGAAUGUUGCCAACGGAACUGUCAUUGGAACCUAUAAAGCUCUGGAUCCAGAAAAGAAGAACAGUGACGGAAUAAAGUACUAUAAGAUGACUGACCCAGGCAACUGGAUCACUGUGGUGGAGAACACUGGAGAACUGAGAACAGCCAAUACAAUAGAUCGAGAAUCACCUUUGGUCCGCAACGAUAUGUACAACAUAACCAUCAGAGCUGUGGAUGAGAGUAAGAAGACAGGAAAAGGGACAGUUAUAAUCCAGAUAGAAGACGUUAAUGAUUGCAUGCCUAUGAUUACGAAUCCAGAUCCGAUCUUGUGUAAUAAGGGUGAUACGCUGAGCUCUGUUUUGGUUGAAGCCGUUGACCUGGACAAGACACCUUACUCUACUCCCUUCAUUUUCGAACUUGGAGCAGAUCAUGAUGGGAGCUGGAAACUGAAGGAUACUACAGAUUCUUCUGUGGUGCUGGAACAGACUGUGCCAAUGCCCAACGGUCUCUACAGCGUUCCUCUCUUGGUGAAGGAUCUGCAGGGAUUCGGGAAAGAGCAGACUGUGAAUGUGCGAGUAUGCACUUGUGAGAGGGAGGAUAACGGAGGAACAUGUGGGGCUCGGAGCGCCUCUUCCUCUUUGGGAAGUUUGGGAAUCCUUGCCUUAGUUCUCUCUGGCCUGCUGCUGCUACUUUUAAGUCUGUUGCUCAUCUUCAUAUGCAGCACUAAGAGAGACAAGCUUUACAUCAACGAUGACACAGGAACAGGUGGAAUGCUGCUGAAAUCCAACACUGAGGCUCCUGGUGAAGAAGUGAAAGAUGGAGCUUUGAUGAUAAUUCCUGGGGUAGGGGUAGAGGUAGUGGACGGGUCACUGCAGAGCAACCUCAUGGAAAGUAAGAACAUGACUUCAGCUUCAGGGCGCUACGGGCAGUCGUUUUUCCAGGGAGGAGGUGUGUACAACACCACCACUCAAGAGUUUGGGACAGAGAAGUACUACUCAUCUGGACGCUAUGAUAACAACAUAUACGGCAAUGCCACGAUACAGAAAAUCUCCAAUGCGAGUGCUCUGGACACAUGGAAAACCAACGGGCGCUACUUGGACAGGAAACUGGCUUACUUCGGAGACGAAGAGGAGGGGAGGUACGCGGAUGACCUGCUGAAGACUUAUGGGCAUGAGGGGAUGGGAUCUCCUGCAGGCUCUGUAGGAUGUUGUAGCAUCGUGGGCGAACAGGAAUCGUUGGAAUUUCUGAACACUCUCGACCCUAAAUUCAGACCACUGGCUGACAUCUGCUACACCACGAAUCGAACCGGAAACUAA